GUCAGCUCAGUCCAGUUGUGUGCGGUCCCCGUAGUACUUCACUGGCUGCUAUUAACGACCCCCUGAUCUCGAAGGCUGCCAACACUGCAGCAUUGCGAAAAAUAUUGAAGACGGAACAAUAUUUUCAAGCGGAUGAUGUGGAGAUGGUCCCAAUAAAGUUACGGGGACGGUUCAUCCGAGAAAAUUAAUUUUAUUCGUCACUCGUUGAACGGUUCAGAUUGGCUGUGCAGUUACCAGUCAACAGCAUUAUUUCGCUCAUCAUAUGGCGACAAGCAAGUAUGUGGUUCUGCUGUGGACAGCCAUUCAGCUAUGUGGAUGUUGCAGUCCAUCUCAAAAGGAAAGAUUUGCACGCUGCGUAACAUUAACCGAUUACAAAAGUGAGUAAAAUCAUGGAGGAAGGACUGCGCCAGCCGCGGCAGGACGAUCUGGUGGUCUUGCAGUUUGAUCACCGUGGGGAAGGGGCAUACUCCCCAGAAGGGCUGGAGCGACCACCCCUGGGGGACAACGUGACGCUCGUUUGUCAGCUGCCACACGGCAAAGACUGGCACGAAGUGUCCUGGCUGCACCGGGAGCGUGUCGUCUUCGAGCGCGGCCAGCCGGUGCCGGUGGAGGACGGGCAAGAGUAUUCCUUCAGCCACCUGUACAAUGUCUUGUUCUUCCAUAUUCGCAAUGUCUCUUUCCUGGCCAGCGGCGCGGUGACCUGCCUGGACACGGUCAACAACCUCCCCAUUAAACGCUACUCGCUGCUGCCAAAGGUCACGCGCGCCAGCCAGGUUUUCCACACUCCGAUGCCCAACCAACUGCUCACCGAAGGCGACACUUUGACGCUGACCUGCCAGCUGCGUCUGCCACUGUCUCCGGAAGCGGUCAAGAAUAAUUUUACCCUGAACCAUGUGAUGGUGCGCCACAAGGGCCGAUUGCUGACUCUGCCGGCGGAAGCGCCCUACUCGGUUCGGCCAUCCUCACGGCCGCUCCCCGCAGAGAAUGUGGAAGCUUAUGAAUCGGCCAAGUUCCUCAAUCGUGCCUUCGUUAGUCCGGUCUCCCUCACUUACUUCGUUCCGCAUCUCACCGUCGCCAAUGACAGAGGUCAGGCGGAGUGCUGGUUCCGGCCGCAUGCCGGUUUGCACGAGUGGAUUGUGCAGACGGCUCUCAUCACGGUGCAACCACGCCAAUCCUGAAUUAAAACUAAUACACAAGUUACACAACGUAUAUUUGCAGCUUUUACCCAAAUUACAUGGCCUUCUUUGCGUUUGGCAAAAUCCCGAACAGUGCAGCUCGGUAGUAUUUUAGUAUUUUUGCUCAAAUCUUACAAUACGUUACAUGUACACCCUACGAAAAUCAAAUUUAAUAAUAUAUUAUACAAGAAACAGCUGCGGCUUUGCCUC